CUGCUGGGUAAUGUAGUCCUUCCGUCUUUCCUGCGCUGCUACAGCUGGGAUUAAUUUUUGCACAUUUCCAACUUGGAAAGCGGCCAGCGUCGCGAGAAAUAAUGUUGGGUGUUGCCUGGCUGGAAAGUUGAGAGGUUCUUACGGUGAUUACUCCGUUUCCCGGAGUGGCUGCAACGUACGGACUACAAUUCCCAGAUCCAAAGGGGCGAGGAAGGGUUGCCCGUUCCAGGGGGCUUGGCGAGAUCUCCCAAGGCACGAGCGCCCGGCGCGGUAAAAGGAAGGCGAGGUAAAGCGGGAGGGAUGGAGACGCAGAUGCAGCUGAGCACCUGGCCUUAAAGCAUUUUUCCUGAAGGAGGUUGCUCUCAAGGUUCUCCCACUGCAGCCUCAGCCUGCAAAGGAUCACUGCUUGGAAUGACAGAUGUGUAGGAUUUUGGAGCAGAUGGGACCCAGGGGCCAGCGCUUUUUGCUCUUCCCCUUCUUGAUGCUCAUCCUUCUGCCUGGAUAUUUAGCAUUGCUGGACACUGAUGGAGGCUGGUUGACAAGCAGCCACUCUGCGUUAAUGGAAGAAGACAGCUGUACCAUUGAGAGGAGGGAUGCCACACUAACCUACUCCCAGUUCAUUGAACAGUAUGCCUUCUCUCGGCCAGUUAUACUCCAAGGAAUAACAGACAACUCGGAGUUCCAGGCCCAAUGUACCAAGGACAAGCUGCUGACCAGGUUUGGGGACCGCCCUGUCCGACUUAGCACCGCCAACACCUAUUCUUACCGCAAAGUUGACCUGCCCUUCCAGGAGUAUGUGGAUCAGUUGCUGGAGCCGCAGGACCGGACCUCUUUGGGGAGUGAAACACUCUACUUCUUUGGGGACAACAACUUCACGGAGUGGGGCCCUCUCUUCCAGAAGUACACCCCGCCACCCUUCCGGAUCCCAGGCACCACUGGAGCCUACAGUUUUGGGAUUGCAGGCCCCGGCUCGGGAGUCCCGUUCCAUUGGCACGGCCCAGGUUACUCAGAGGUGAUCUUCGGCAGGAAACGCUGGUUUCUGUAUCCUCCAGAGAAAAUGCCAGAGUUCCAUCCCAACAGAACAACACUGUCUUGGUUGUUGGAUACAUAUCCCUUUCUGCCAUCGUGGGAGAAGCCUCUCGAGUGCACCAUCCACCCCGGAGAGGUCCUGUACUUCCCAGACCGAUGGUGGCAUGCUACCUUGAAUCUGGACACCAGCGUUUUCAUCUCCACGUUCCUGGGUUAGCAGAUCUGCAUGGUGGCUCCUCCUUGGCCUUCUUGCCACCACUCCUGUGAUGGUGUACGAAGAAGCAGGAUUUGUCGACAACAUUUGGGGAAUCUGGGGCUAGUGAUGGUGGGGCCACCCCAGUCUCUCAUUGGAUCAUAGCACAGAAUUAAGGAGAAGGCAGGUGGUGGUCUGCUAGUGGACUUCCCAAUGUUUUGGACAACUCCCAUGAUCCUUGCCCACUAACAAUGCUGGCUAGGGCUGAUGGGAGUCAUGAUCCCCUCCAGAUGUUUGGACAAUGUUACCUACCCCUCCUCUGAAAGAUGACUUGCUGUAGCCUUUUCUAAUCUGGAACCUACUAGACUGCAACUUCCAUUAGCCUUGACCACUGGUUCUGUAGGCUGGGUCUGAUGUGGGGCGUUGUAGUCCAACAUAAUCUGGGGAGCCAUGGGUUUCCCCAUUCCUGGGUAAAAAAUGGACAAGAUGAUGAUGAAUCAGAAAUUUCCAGUGACCACCCUUUGUAAUAGGCAGGUCCUCUAAUUAUAGCCUUACAUUCCAGGAAGGAAAUGUGACUUCCGAAUGACUUAAGAGCUUAAAAUUUGAGAGCUCUUGGAUGAAGUUAAAUAGGCUGUUUGCAUGUAGUCACCUGUGAUAAACAACAGUAGGGUGCUCUUUA